UGCUUUUUUAAAUUUCAUAGGCAACAAAUCAAAUCAUUGGCAAUGUGCGCGGCCCCUUCAAACUAAACCAAAUUUUAAGUAUUAGCAAACGCGAAAUGGCGAACUCGAAAUCAUUCAAAGCGAGCAACUGGCCUGGCAUACUGGACUCCAGGCACGCACUGAGGAAGUACUUCGCCCCGCCACCCAAAGUGGCUGGAACUCAGGGCAGACUACCCACCUACACGCCUCCGAACUACGCGGGAGCUGAGCCCAUGCAGCAACCCAGGAUGAACUCCGCCUGGCAGUUGGCCAGCGAUCCCUCUGAUCUGUCGGAGCUCCGUCCUCCCAAGCGGAUCAAGGGAUUGAAGGAUCGGGAAAGGAAGAAGCUGGAACGCAAGGUUUGGGCCAGGCCAGCGAGGAUGGAUGCAACGAGCAGAGCUGCCACAUCGGGACCAAGAGCUGUGGAGAAGGCCCAGAAACAGGAGCAGGUGGAGACGCCUCCGAAGCCGAGAUCACCAGCGAAGAGAAAGUGGAAGAAGGGCACGACGCCAUCUCCACUGCCUGGCAAGCGGCCAGCCCAAGUGCCAUCCCACUCCGGCUUCCCGCGGCGCAAGAUAAUCCUGAUCGUGGACGCCAAGAGGUCCCCAGGAACGGCGCACCUGGCUGGUGGAGCGGAUAAACUUCUGAAAAACCCCUCACCUGGGCCGGAAAGAAACGCCUACCGUCCGAGACCCAAGAUGAGUGGCCGGUCCAAGAGGAGCUACAAUGUGCCGCUGUGCAGCCGGCCCACCGAGAUCAUAGGCACGCGCCUUCCCCACUCCCGCCAGUUGCAGAUGCGCCAGGAGAAGCUCUGCCAGCAGCCGGAGUACCACGACCAGUACAUCCGCAUGCUCUACCAGCAGCAGCGGCACCAGCAGAUGUGCCAGCAGGAGCAGCUGCAGCAGGACUUCGCCCGGCAGAGGUCCCAGAUGGCCCUGCACCCCUACUCCAUCCUGCCGGACGCCGUGUCCGAGGAUCAGCGGGAGGAGCAGCGGCACCUGUACUCCGUGCCCUCCAAGUCGCCGCUCAAGAGAUUGAGGGGCGGCAAGCGGCUGUGCGGCAACUUUUACUACGACUAGAAGAGUGAUCAAUAAACAAGUUCC